AUGGCUCAACGUUAUUCAAUUGAGUUUGCAAAGCCUGAUUCAUCUCAUGGUCCACCUUGGCUAAAUAAGAUUUCCCCGCCUUUGGAUUCACAGUCACACCUGGCAAUCGUCAUUCGAAAAUUAAGUUCAUCACAAAACUGCAAACCCGGUUUACGUCUUGAAGGAUUUCUCCUCUUCUUCCUCUUGUCCAACUCGGCUUGA